AUGAUUGGCGUCUCCAACCGGUGCCCUUUCGCAUCCAUCGCAGACCAGUCUAAGGAAGCUGAUGUAUUACCUCCAUUCAAAAAGCAUCGUGAUUCCCUGUCAGUUCUCCGAGCCCUCGCAUCUUGUGUUACUCCUACGGCCGAAACACCAGAUUUUCGUCUCGGUGGAGAUCCUUGGCUUGGCUCGAUGCCAAACACCCGGAAUUUUCUACUGGCUAGAGCUAAGGGCCGACUAGCUGCUCGUUUGGCUAUUCGAGACUAUUUCCCUAAUGAUAUUGUUGCUGUAGCUAAAGAGAUCCCUCGUGUGGACCGGUGGCUCCCGCUUCAGACACCAGACAGCGUUUUGAAACGAGUGUCCGACGGUGAAUUGUCCGCCAACGAAGGAAUGGAUCGGUUGCUACUUUUGAUGGCUCCAAUCCAUGCAUGGAAACUCCAUGCAGAUCUAGCCCCGAAUGAGGAAUGGAGUUCCGAGGUCCUUCACCGUUUAUUGGAUCUUCUUUGUGCAACUAACAGUGGUUCUGGAGGUGCGCAUAAUCAUUCUCUGUUGGACAGUAUAGAUUUGGCUACAUUACCGGAUCCCGAAGAACUAUAUUUUGCCGAUGAAUUAGCCAUCCAAUUUGAUAGACAUAUUGAUCGAAUGUCACUGGGACAAAGAAAUCCUCUGAAUGUGUCACAACAGCAGGCACAACAAAACACCGCAACGGAUUUGGACACAUCUGAAGAUGAAGGGAGUAGUAGUGAAUCGGAAAGUGAUGCAAAUGAGAACACCGAAACAGAUGUCAAUCAAUCGGUUGGACGGUGCAGUUGGGAAGUGCAGGGUCCAGCUGAACAGCUGUUCACUCGUGCACACACCCAGUUGCAAACCCCUGCUGGUUUUUCGAGCAUCAUCCGGGGAGCGGCUAAAUUUCAUCAUCCCCGACGUGCUCUUCAACUAUUUGAGUCAUGCACACGCGCAAAUAUUGGUCCUUUGGACACAGCGGUUUAUGCAUCUUUAAUUCGUUGCCUGCAUGCCUUGCCCGAAUCAGAGGUUCGACCGCAAAUCGAAAAAAUCAUGAAGGAGCUCAACGCAUUAGAAAUUCGCAUAUCACUACCCCUAUUUGAAGCGGCAUUGUAUUGUCUAGCUGAACUGGUUCAUCGUCAUUCCAGUUCACAACAACCGGUAGGGGAUUAUUCCUCGUUCGGUUUGGGAUUAUUUAACGCAAUACGGAAAUCGGGCUUGGAGCCUAGUUUAGGUGCGAUGGCUAAUUUGCUCCGUCUGCUUCACUUUACUCCACUGCAAUCUGCGAACUCGGUGGAAUACCCGCGUGGUUAUGCCUGUUCCCCCCUGGUCGAUAGUUUUGUAUCCGAAUUGGAACGUCGUUUCCAGGUCACAUGUCCCACUCGUCUUGACGGUUGGUCAGCGGACGAUUAUAAUUUUUUUCCAAUCGCUAUGCGCAUCGCCUCAAUGGAAAAUAAUCCUAAGCUAGGUCAACGUAUUAAUCAGCUGCUGUCUGGAACACAAGAUCGAAGAUUCUUUUUGGCCACUAGUUGGCACCGACGCAACUAUAUCCAAUCCUAUUUGCUGUCCCAAAUAAAUAUACCCAACUUGUCCAAUGAAGUAGCCAGGAAUCCUGUUGAACUGAUUCAAUGCAUUGAUCAAGUUUAUCGCGAACAUUGGAGUACGUUAAUAAUUACGAAUCAAUUAUGUGAACGUUUCAUCUCCUUCUUCGAACGAUUCUUUACAUUAUCAAACGCUACACCCGAUUCAGAUGAUUCAAACCCUAGCACGCUCACACGGAAUGAAGCUUCUAAGAAUGCACGACUUUUGGCAUUUCAUUGUUUGCAUCGAUUGUUGAUCGAUUUACUCGAUCAUCCUCGUUCGCCAUCGGAUACUCGGCUGCCAAAAUCUGUAGGACAGCUCAUCCCAGUGUUAGCUGCUCAGGCACAUUGUGACCCAACUCUGUCUUCUCAGGCAUCCUCCGCUGUUCUCAAACGACUCCUUCAGAUAGAUGAGAGGCAAGCUCUGAUCUCUUCACGGACUGGGAAUGAAAAUACCUCGAAUAGACCUAGUUCUGCCAACGCUUUAUCUGCGAGUAACACUGCCAAAAUUGUGUGUAUGUUAUUCCCUCUGCUAUCUCGAAUAGUAUGUCAGAGACCCCUGGAUGUGUCCAAUCACUUGGCCGAGGUGCGCUGGCGCAGAGAACUCAUACAAACUAUGACCACUCUGAACGGUUGGGUCCAGUACGCCGUAAAGCAUGCUACAAUUGCCUGGUCAUGGGCACCGGAAUCGUUGCACCUGUUGUGGGAACAUAAUGAGACGGAUUUUACUAUAGAUCAAUUGUGGGACGCCCUACGUGCAUUGAGUCAGCAAGAGUUGAAGAAUUUAAAUCCCGAUGAAAUCAAACGAAUUGAGCACAUAUUUUAUCCAUUGCUGGCCAGCUUGGAAAGCCAGGUUGUGGCCAGUGAACUGGCUUCGUCACACGGCUAUUCCGAUCCCGGUGCCCAGUUGGUCCGUGCGGAACGUCGCCAAAUUAUUGCACGAUUGAAACUGAUAUUGAACAACAAACGCUCGACUUUGUCCGAUGGAGAGUCACAUGAGAACCAGGAUCGUGCGGAUGGUUAG